GGUUGUCUGUGGAUCUGUGGUUGUCUGUGUUUCUGUGGUUGUCGUUUGUUCUGUGGUUGUCUGUGUUUCUGUGGUUGUCUGUGUUUCUGUGGUUGUCUGUGUUUCUGUGGAUGUCUGUGGUUUUGUGGUUGUCUGUGGCUCGGUGGAUGUUUGUGGUUCCAUGGUUGUCUGUGGUUCAGUGGAUGUCUGUGGUUCCGUGGUUGUCGUUUGUUCUGUGAAUGUAUGUGGUUCUGUGGUUGUCGUUUGUUCUGUGGAUGUCUGUGGUUCUGUGGUUGUCGUUUGUUCUGUGGAUGUCUGUGGUUCAGUGGAUGUCUGUGGUUCCGUGGUUGUAGUUUGUUCUGUGGAUGUCUGUGGUUCUGUGGUUGUCGUUUGUUCUGUGGAUGUCUGUGGUUCAGUGGAUGUCUGUGGUUCCGUGGUUGUAGUUUGUUCUGUGGAUGUCUGUGGUUCCGUGGUUGUAGUUUGAUCUGUGGUUGUCUGUGGUUCUGUGGUUGUCGUUUGUUCUGUGGUUGUCGUUUGUUCUGUGGUUGUCGUUUGUUCUGU